AUGAAAGUCAAGGAGUCAUACUAUCAUGCUGAAUGUUUUACUUGUUCAAGCUGUGAUAAAAAAUUAACAAUUGGUGAAGAAUUUGUAGUGAAAGAACAAGAUGAAGAAAUAUUAUGUCGAACUGACUGUGACAACAGUAAUAUUGAGCAGCCAUCUUCAAACAAAACGGAUAUGUAUGGACGAGAUGACGAAGACAAUUGGGAUGGGUCAACUCUGGCAAGCUUGGAUAAUCAAAUGUCUAAUACACCGCCACUAUCUCUUCGAAGUCCUAAAUCAGAUGAGUCAACAAGAGUUCGCACAGUCUUGAACGAAAAGCAGCUGUUGACGUUGAAAGCAUGUUAUGCAGCCAACGCCCGCCCAGAUGCCAUGAUGAAGGAGCACCUUGUGGAAAUGACUGGCUUAAGUCCUCGUGUUAUACGUGUUUGGUUCCAGAAUAAACGUUGCAAAGAUAAAAAAAAGCAAAUUGCUAUGAAAAAUAUGGAAGAAAAAGCAGAGACUGUUAGUUUUUUACUCAAAAAUUUGCUCUUUUCUUGA